AUGAUUGAUUUUUGUGUGGAAAAUGCCUUCACACCUGUCGUACUUAGUGAAAAUAAGUUUGUGGGUGCGACGUGGUUAAUACAAUUCAAGGAGAUACAAAGUGGAGGGCGCGGUGCGUGCGACGCGUUGCCCCGGGACGCUUGCGCGGGAGGCGCUGCUCCGGCGCGCGCCGCCCUGCGCGGUGUGUGUGUCGUCUGCCGCCCGCCCCUGAGCACACCCCACCUACCCUGCGCCGCGUGCCCACCGCCCUACCCACUCAACUACGAACAUCUGCAUGCACAGGUAUCUUCUCCACCAAAUUCAGUCUCCAAACGAUCACGCUGUGUACCUACUAUUAACCAGCUUGGAUCUGAAGAUAAAAGCGUGCUAAGUAAGAAAAUUGAUAAAGUAACCGUCCCUAAGAAACAAUUUAAAGAAAACGGCCCCAACAAACUCAGUCAUUUGUGCUUUCCUCCACCAAAAAUAGUAGCUGAACCACCUCGUUGUCGGCAGCCUUCUCUUUUCGAGCGAUUGCGAAGCCGACCCAAGAGUUCUUGCCGAAGAGUACGCAAAUUACACUCAGCAGUAACUAAUUUGACUAAAUGCGACAACAACAAAAUCGACAAACAUAUUAUAUCAAAAACUGAAUUGCAAUCCGUAAUUUCUGAAGUUCUUGCCGAUGCAGCAAAAUUAAAUAAAAUUCUGAGUGACAGAAAUGAACUAAAAGAAGCAGCAAGUGGUCGAAUUAUAUUAGAAGAGCAAAAACGAGAGCCUAUAGAGAGUGGAGGCAUAAAACUCCCUGUGCCGGCUGGAGUGCACACUGUGAAGGUGCAAGUGACUCUGCAUUAA